CCGGGCUACACGCCGCCGGCUCCUCUGUAUCCGACCGGAGCGUCUCGGAAGCGCUCGGUGUGUUGUAAGUAGCUGCUGGCGGAGGGGCGGUGCAGACAGGCAGUGAAACAAGCGCACCACGGUGCUUGGUGUGCGCGGUGGUGGGCUGUGCUGCACUGAGUCCGGGUCCGUGUGCACAACGACCCACGUCAAGCAGCUACUGGUUUAACUGGUGUCUCUGGGGGUAUUUACCUGCGCGGACUGAGUUUCUACCCCCGCGGGGACAGACACGUUUUACUCGGGUGUAAAGAGACAGAGAGCCCGGGAGCGCCCCCUGCGGCCGCAGCCCGACACUACACACCUGCCUGGGUUUGUUACACCUGUUUGCUUUGUUCACAGCAGCACAGCAACAUGGAUACAGAGCUGUUUAUGGAAUGUGAGGAGGAGGAGCUGGAGCCAUGGCAACAGGUGGACGACAGCGUGGAGGAAGACGAGAUGGACUUUGACAGUUAUGGCGAGCCAGUGGAAGAUUCUCCAUCUCCUUUGCCGGCCUCUGAGACUCCACCCCCCAAGACUCCUCCAUCCAUCGCACCUGCUCCAACAGCUUCGCCUCCUGUACAGGUCGUCUCCUCCUCAGUGAUGCCUCCUCCUCCUCCAUCCAUCACCUCCGCCCCCUCCUCUGUCCCACGCUUCCCCGCCUCCACCACACCAGCCGUCUCAGCUCCGCCCCUGUUGGCUCAGGCCCCGCCCCUCAUCCUGACGCAGACGGCAGGUGGGACAUUUCUUCUCCCAGCGACCCCUGGGACAGGCAACGCCCAGCCCAUCCUCCUCACCACCCAGGGCUUCCCAGUACAGACAGUGGUGAACCCCGGUGCUCCCCUGCUCCUGAACCUCCAGCCGGGUCAGACGGUCCAGCCGCUCACCUUGAUCCAGUCCUCCUCGUUGGGUCAGUUGGUACGGCCCAGUGUGGGCGUGUCCCCUGUCCUCCCCCAGGGCCAGGCUGUCCAGACCAGAUCAGGCCCUGCCCCCUCUAGAGGCCCUGCCCAGCCAGGCUCUGCCUUCACCGCCAUGCAGCUACCAGCCACACUGACCCUCCGCACCAGCACACCAGGACCCGUUAACCUCCAGAUGACCCAGGUGGGUGGGGCCAACGCUUUGAAGCUGGCAGGCUCUCCCGCUCUUCCCUCUGGCUCGGCCAACGGAGUCACCAGAGUCUCUGCGUUCAGCAGCAGCAUGACACCUGGUCCAGCAGGUCCCGCCCCCUCUGUCGUCAUGACCCCCGGCGUGACCUCAGCACCGUCCUCCGACCCCCCCAGGGUGGUGAUGAGCGUGGAGGAGUUCUACUAUGGGACGUUUGAAGGGGACCUGAGUCUGAGGAAGCCACACCCACUGGGAAUCAAGACCUCCACCUUCACCUGCCAGAUCUGCACACACCUCGCUGAGAACAACCUGAGGUUGAUGCAGCACAUGCUCCAGCACUCGGAGCUGAUUGGAGGAGGCGGCGGCGACGAGAGGAAGUGCUGCAGGUUCUGUUACCGACAGUUCUCGUCUCCAGUUCAGCUGCAGACCCACCUGGAGCAGGUGCACGGCCCUGCCCUCUCCUCCAGUAUGUGUCGUAUAUGUGAAUGGGCGUUUGAGAACGAGCCGACUUUUUUAAACCACAUGAAGUCCAACCACAAACCAGGAGAGAUGCCCUACAUCUGCCAGGUGUGUUCGUAUCGCUCAUCCUUCUACUCGGACGUCCUGCAGCACUUUGCCAGCUUCCACAGAGACUCGCGCUUCCUGCUGUGUGUUUUCUGUCUGAAGGUGACCAGGAACCCCACCAGCUACCAGCAGCACCUGCUGAGACACCAGAUCAAUCAGGCCUUCCACUGCAACAGGUGUCGUCUUCAGUUCGUCUUCCUGAAGGACAAAAUGCAACACAAACUGGAAAACCACCGCAGCUUCCGUCGACCCGCUCAGCUGGAAGGACUGCCGCCGGGGUCAAAGGUGACCAUCAGGACCUAUGGGAAGCUCAGGCCUCAGAUGACAUCAGCAGGCGGGCGGCUUCUCCUGACCCCGUCGACCCUCGUCCAGCCAAUCCACAUCAAGACAGAGCUGCAGAAGUCUGUGAUCCAGAGGAACCCCGUGCUCUGCCGACCCCCCCGAUCCCCCACCAAGAGACCAGUCAGCCGGCGAGUCCACGUCGGCAGGAGUUCAUCGUACGACGGAGACCGGUUGGUGUGUUUGGAGUGUGGAACCGACGCCUCCGACUUCUCCGCCCACUAUCCGACCCACGUCCACUGUCUGCUGUGUCCCUACAGCAGCUGCUGCUCCAGAGCCUACGCUGCUCACAUGAUACACCACCAUGUCCCGCGCUCCAAAGACAAAGCUCUUCCUCUGCACAGACUGCCUCCUCCAUGUCCGUUCCUGCUGCAGUGCUCUUGCUGCGACUUCAGGCCUCAGAGUGCCGAUCAGAUGGCCGCUCACCUGCUGACCAACCCGGAGCACCACAGCGCCACCUGUCGCACCAGGACCUACAUUGAACCUGACAUCCACUUCUGCCACGAACACGAGCAGCGUUCCGCAGAGGAGAAGGAACCAGUCCAGGAACCGGACUUGCCUGAUCCAUCCUGGAGGUCAGCAGAUUGUUGGAAAGAGCCGGCAAAGAGCGACAGCUCCAAGUCCACCAUUGUCCCGUUCAUGCAGAGCAGUGGGCCUCGUCACUCCCUGUCCAAGAACAGCGACGCCAUUGACUUCUUCAACCUGCUCUUCCCUGCAGCACUGGUUGAGCUGAUCGCCAGCGAGACCAAUGCCCACGCCAAGACCUGCCAGUUCCUGGGCUCCUGCCACCCAGACUGGGUCCCUGUCACCACUCAUGAGAUCAAAGGUUUCAUUGGCCUGGUCAUUCUGAUGGGGAUCCAGAACCUGCCCGAUCCAUCGCACUACUGGUCAUGGAGUCACUACGACAACAGCUACACCUUUUACCGAGCCAUGAGCUUCAAACGCUUCAAGCAGAUCGCUGCAAACAUCCGCAUGGGCAGUUUCACCACAGAUGAGUAUCGUGCCACCAGCAACCCCACCGACUCGCUGCACAUUUUCAGGCCGAUGCUGGACAUCCUGGGUGGAGCCAUCUGGAACACUUACCAGCCAAACUGCUGUCUGACCAUUGACAGGGCGCUGCUGCCCAGCCUGGAGGAGGAGAUUUGCCACGCUAAAGGAAAGCCAAAGGUCCAGCCUCAGGUGUGGCUGCUGUGUGACUCCAAGUCAGGCUACUGCCACCGCUUCUUCAUCCAGGUGGGGGAGAAGGUGGGCCAAGAGACAGGCUUCACUGUGGUGCCAAAGCUGGUGCAGGGCCUGGAGGACAAACACCACCAGCUCUACCUGGCCAGCUCGCUUACUUCUGUCCCGCUCAUGCAGAAGCUUCUGGACCAGGGCAUCUACGCCUCAAGCUCCUUCCCUCCACCCAGCCCCAUCCUGCCCAGAGAGCUGUGGGAGGAGGGCUGGCUGGAGAAACCCGGGGACUUCCUGCAGAGACAGUUUGGCCCCCUGCUGGCCACCCGCUGGAGGGACACCAAGGAGAUGGGCUGCCUGUCGACUAAUGCAGCUCCAGGUGAACCGGACACUGUUUGGAGGAGGUCUCAGACCAAAGUGGGGGGCUUGGACCCCAUCAACCGCCCCAUGGCCUUCCGCCUCCUGCAGGAGAACAUGCGAGGGGUUGACAUCUGCAAGCAGCUGCUGGCCUGCAACCCACUCGGAGGAAUUCCCCUGGACCGGCACUGGCGCAGCCUCUUCUGGUUUCUGAUCAACCUGAGCAUUGUUAACGCCUUCAUUGUGCUGCGGGAGAGUCGCAAAGAGAACCCACCUGCCUGGGUGCAAGACGGCCUUUUUACUCAGGUCAACUUCCGCAAGCGUUUGGGCAACCAGCUCGCCAAAUGUGCCCAAAAGUACUUUGAGACUAUGGAGAUCGCCAGCUCUCGUGGGAUGAGGGUGGAGGUGGCAGAACCAGUUAAACAAAGACACAGGAUGACAAAGAUUAGUGCGAUCUCCAAACGGUGCAAGAACUGCAACUUGAAGAACAUUCGCCAUGAGAGCGUGUACGGCUGUGUCGCCUGUAAAGCCAACCUGUGUAAACAGCCGAGCUGCUUCUGGGAAUAUCACGGCAUGUCGCCUCUAAACAAAGGAUCAGCGAAAGUUGGAUUUCUCAAGGACAGAAUAAGUGGAGCGGUCGAGGUGGAUGAGGUUGAGGACAACAUGGACGAGGCAAUGGCCCCCGUGGAGGACAUGGACUUUUCUGAUGAUGAGAGACUGGAUAAUCUGGAUGACAUUGAUGAAGAAACUGAAGCUGUUAAGGAAGAAAUGAUCAAAGAUGUAAAGCAUCCAGUGCCUCAUCUGCCAUCAACAACUAAUGGCCAUGCCCAACCAGCAACCAUCUUGCCUGCUUCUAAAGAGCGCGAUGAUUUCUUCACUGCCCGUCAGCUCAGAAUCGCCCUGUUCGCUUUGUGUGAUGGACUCCGCCAAGCCUCAAGGGUCUUUUCAACCGAGAUCCACCUCAUUCGGACAUGGCUGAAGGAAGCCAAGAAGCAUUUGAGGCAAACUGAACAGGAAGAGAAAGUCUGCACUGAUGGCAGGGAUCGCAUGGUGGCCUGGGUGCUGUCCAUGCGUGAGCAGCAGCUUCCGAUCACAGAGAGCAACCUCUUCCACAAAGCCUCCACACUGAAGAAGAAGGGAGGUUUCAGCGACUCCUUCCGCAUCUCCUACGACUGGGCGGUGAGCUUCAUGCUGCAGCACCGGCUGGGCGUACAGAGCAUCAGCAGAGCUGCCACACUGACUCGCACCCUCCCGGCUUCCCUGGAGGACAAAGUCAGGUCAUUCAGAGAGUUCACCCAGAAGAUCAUCCAGGUUCACAAGCUAUCAGAAAGUACUGUAGCUGCUAUGGAUGAGCUGUGUUUCUUUGUGGAUUUGAGGUUAGUCCAGGACAAGUCUCGACGCUCAGACGCCCUGGAAUUUACUGGGUCUUUACCUCUUGUCACUGUCUACCUGACAGCACUGGCAGAUGGUACCAUGCUGCCAUCUCUGGUGCUGGCGAACAGGCAGCUGGCUGAGAAAGUCCUGCCAGAGUUCAUUCUGCUGGAGGCCGGUCCAGAGAGUCUCUUACUAGAGGAAGCCUUGGAUCUCUGGACUAACAAGGUCUGGCUGCAGCACGUGUCCAGUCUAACUCCGCUCAGUAAAUCAGUGCUGGUCUUGGACCGACACCGGGAACACAUGGGAGAUCCGUUCCUUACUUCCAUCAGUGGGUCGGGUACCCUCCCAGCGGUGAUUCCUGGAGGUUGCACCUUCUGCCUUCAGCCUCUGGAGGUUUGUGUGAAGCCGGUUCUGCAGCGCUUCAUGCUGCAGCGCUGGGCAACGUUCAUUGUCAGUAAUCCAAAGGAGCUGGAGGAGACGUCACCCCACCGGCUCCAAGCAAAUGUGGCCCAGCUGCUGGUUGACUGGUUGGUUGAGGCCCUGACGCACUUGAACAAACUCCCCGAGCUUUGGAAGAAGUCAUUUAGGCUGAUGGGUCUUCUGCCGGAGGAGGAGGAGAAAGAGGGGAUGACAAGUCAGAGACCAGAGGAGAUCCAGCUAGACCUCCUUAGGACCGUGACAGAGACCCUGCUGGGUGCUGAAGCUCUGGAAGCCAGUUCUCCUGAUGUGUUGGAGCUGGAAGACGAAGAGGACACUAAGGAGGAAGAAGCAAAGGAGACAUCAGAGGAGAAACACGAGGACAGAGAAGAGAUAGAGAAGGAGGUUAAAGAUGGAAGGAAGGAGACGGAAGAGAAAAGGAAGACAACAGAGGAGGAAGGCAUGCAAGAGGACGUGGAGAAGGACAAAAAAGGGGAGGUUAAGACAAUAGAGGAGGACAGUGAGGAGGAAGGAAAGGCUACAGAGGAGGACAGAAAGGAAGUAAACAAGGAGAAACGAGCGACCAGGAUUGUGAUAGGAGAGGAAGUUGGGGAUGAGUGGAAAAUAAAGAGCAGGACAGAAGCUGUAGAGGCUGACGGAGACAAGGACGGCAGGACAGGCAAAAGCUGAGCAGACAGUGGAUAAAGGACUGUAAACACCGGACAGUCGUCCCCAAAAAGAAGCAUGAAGGGAGCCUGAAAACCAAAUUUGAGAGGGUUCGGGGAUGGACAUGGGGUGAUGUUAAGAUGGGACAACAGGGAGUAACCAGUCCAGCUGAGUGUGAAAAGCUGGAUCAGCUGUCAGUCAAAGGACACCCACCCCCAAAUGCACCUUUCUUCAAGUGGACUUCAAGCCCUGGUCUGCUACAGGUUUGUGUUUGAACACUGACCACAUAAAGUCCACUGCAGGAUCCAGUCCUGCUGGAAAGUGGACAUGAUGAUGUAGAUAUGAUAAUAUACCACAGUCCUGGACAUAGGUCAAACUGUCCUGACUGUCUCUCUCAGCACAGCAGCAUCUAGUGGACAUCAGAGGAACUGAUUGUUUGGGAAAUGAAUGCUGAGUCACAUUGACAGAAAGCAGGGGGCAGUAGUUUGUUGUUGGCUUGUGUUGGUUUCACAGAGCAGAGGCAGGAAGACACCAGCCCACAGGAAGUCACAUUCAAACCCUCGUUCUGUCGCCAGCUGACUUUCACCUCAACAUUUUCAGUGUUCGGUUUUAUUUGGUUAAAAAACAGGCCUUAACUGGUGUUUCUGUCCGUCAGUGAUGUUUACAGAUGAAACAAGCUGCAGACGGUUGAUGACUUUACAAUGGUGUUUUCCUGCCUUGAGGCUGAAGCUGAACAUUCGAGCUCCGACUGCAGAGCAGCCAGUCGGCCAAUCUGUGUCUCCAUCUGUCCGUUGGACAGGCACAUGCUCACAUGUGCUGAUGGUUGGAGGUUUCCCAGCAUGCACAUGGUGGACAGGUUGAGUCAGUGAUGGUUACCAUGCAGCCAAAGGAGGAAGGUUCAGCUGAUGCUCAUACAGAACGUUUGUUUUAUUUUAAAACUCAGAUUAUGAUAAAUCAAAUAAAUCCUUUGAUAAAGAUCUAAAUGUGGUUAUUAAAUAAUGUGACUGAGACGAAACACUUUCACAUCUGUU